CUGAUGCUACUGUAAUAUGCUGACGGCGACCGACUACAACCAGGCACACCGUGCGACACAUCAUAAUCGAAAGAGGCCGAUGGAGCAAAGAAGGAACCUUGGACAUCUGUUAGCUGUCACAUUGCUUACACUGAAUCUCACUAAUGUGUUGACUUCCGAAGCUGGUAUCGCCAUCGAGACGUUUCAAACUCUUGUAGGACCAGCACAAAAUAUUCUGUACCUCAAGCUUUCGCAACACGAAGGUGUCGUCAUCGUAAGCGUGCGAAACGCCCUCUACGCGCUAUCACCGGGCGGCCUGUCAGUCAGGGCAGUUUACAGGACUGGCCCUGAAAACGACAGCUUGAUGUGCCCGCCAUAUCCUCUGCCCUGCAGCCACAACCGGAAUUUGACAGACAACAUCAGCCGCAUCCUGCUGCAAGUCGGCGCCGAGCCACUCGUUCUGGCCUGCGGCGUUACGUCACAGGGCAUGUGCUCGAUCCACGACCCUCUGCAAGACCUGAAGCUCACGUCGUCCAUGGAAAAAAAGGUCCCGGACAAUUACGUCGCCUCGAAGCGCAACACCGUAGCCUUUUUCGCAAAGAGAAACGACGGAAGAAACGUCCUCUUUGCCGCGGCAGUUUCGGACGGACGGCCUCCGCAGUACCGCCUCUUCCCCCUGUCUGCGAGAGUGCUCAACUCGUCCGGCUCCUUCAGGCUGCUCUCGCACGCAGGCGCGGCCUCUGUGGGCUUUACCAACAAGCCUAGGGCAUCUGAAACACUUCGCUUUGUUUACGGCUUCAGUCACAACGGUUUCGCUUACUUCGUCGAGGUGCGGAAAGUGCUCGUGUGGUCCCGAUACUCCUUUGAGACACGCCUGGUUCGAGUGUGCGAGAACGACGAACCUUCGUUCCGCACAUACGUGGACGUGCCCAUCAUAUGCCCCAGGCAUAGUGACGGGCUGUCAGUGGCCACCAGUGCCCACCUGGGACCUUCGAUGACUGCGAGUGCCGGAGGCAGCGACAGCAACGCAAGUGUUCUCGCAGUGGCUUUCGGAAAGCCUUCCGCUAUCAGGGCGAAAUAUUUCGCACUUAGUUUGUCUCUUUCGGCGGUGUGCUUUUUCGACAUGAACCACGUGGAAAAUGCAUUCAGGGAGACCAUCGAAAACUGCAACAAGGGUUUGUCGAGCGCGAGGCUGUCACUCCUGUACCACGACGACGGCCAUGACCUGAUGUGUUCUCAUCAGGAAACAGAAGGUCAGGACAUUUGCGGCCCAAGUAGGAAUCAGUACGUGGAAGGUAUGAUUCCUCUCGCUGGGCGAGCAACUAUAACGCUGACAAGAAGGCUCGCAACUUCGGUAGCCGUAAUGAAGCAAAAUGGUUCCGCCGUGGUGUGGAUUGGUGACAGCCAGGGAAUUCUGCACAAGUAUUUGUUGCAGGGCGAAGCACCACGGCCGCUGGCAGCACUGGAUGUGUCGCAUAUAGGCCGUGAGAUUUCUAGGAACUUCGCCUUGGACAGCGACGGCACGUACGGAUAUUUCCUAAUCGGCAACGAGGUAUAUCCGCUCAACGGGCCUGUGUCCGGUGGCACUAUCAUCACGAUACUGGGAGACAACUUGGGCUCGCCUGAGCGCAAGCCUUACAGCAGCAUCGAGAUAUUAUUCGGAAACCGCACUUGUAGCAUCGUUGACUGGUCUUCGAAGCACGAGAACUUCACCAUUGUGGCAAACGGCUUCUUUCUGGACAGCGCGGCGGCUCCAAAGAUACUUUUCCGAGUGGAUUCUCUUAACCUCAAGAAAGGACAGACCUUAGUAAAGGACUGUCGUGUGUUGGCGGGAGGCCGCACGAUGCUGUGUCCCGGACCAUCCCUGCUGCUGUUUUCGGUGAUCAGCGAAGACGAACUGCGCAGCCACGGGUUUCGCGUGCCGGCGUUCAUCAGCUUCCACAUGGACGGCCUACACCUUCCGCCUGGCCUUCUCGGCAGGGCGGGCUACUUCGAUUUCUACUACCUGCCGACAUCCGCAAUGAGCAGCUACGCAGAGCCUGCAGUCACCACUGCGAAGACAGUUUAUGCGAUGUUCACCGGUGUUAAACCAACGUAUGGCCCAGCGGCUGGAGGCACUAACAUCACUCUUUUCGGAUUGAAUCUUGACAGUGGGACAAAACACGGUGUGACAAUAGGCGGGAGGGGAUGCACGAUCCACAGUCAGAACUUCUCCGUUGAAGUGGUGGGCUCACAUCUCGACAGCGUUGCUCAGCCACUCAUCGUCACUCAAGGCACCUUUCUCAACCAAAAACAGAAAGGGUACAUAAGAAAGGAAUGUCACGUCGUGGAGGGAGGCUCCAAGAUGCUGUGUCCUGGCACUGCCCUUACUGAUUCAUCUGUUAUUGCGCCGGGUGGUUUGAAAGCCUUCAAUGGCUCUGUUCCUGUACGGAUAAGCUUCCAGAUGGAUGGGCUACAUCUUCCUUUGGCCCCAAACGGAGGCAAUGGACAUUUCACGUUAACAUACCAACCGAAGCCGCAGUUCAAGAAAUUUCCGCAGUCGCAACGCUCCAUCGAUCCCAGUCAACCUGUAAUUGAGAUCCAGGGAAACUACUUUGAACUUUUUAUGGGACAUGAGCCGGUUUUCGUCCGUGUCAACGGCUUCGAUGACGCCUGUAAUGUCACCAACGUAAGCUCUCAAUCAAUUGUUUGUAAGAUGAAGCCUGGCGUUCUGGAACAAGGUUCAUCUUUGGCGUUAGAGGUGGUGCAUGCGGGACAGAGUUACCCGGUUGGUGCUGUUAAGCUGGUGGCCGCUGAGCAGCCAGGUCCUCCCAUUGACGCUAUCGCCGGCUCAGCGGGGGCUGCCGUGGUCGCAGUGGUGCUUGCCGGCGUGGUAUCGAUCGUGUGCCGCCGCCACCGCCGCCGUCAACGCGACAAAGGAGGCACCUGGCGCACCGACUGCAUCGUUACCCUCGACAAGCGUCACAAUAAGACUGACUCCUCGGCUGAAGCAUCCAGUCGCUAUGUUCGAGAGGGCAACGCUGACGUCCAACAAGCACUGAUGGAAGUACCACUGGACAUCGACGCCGAUACCAGAGCUAUGCUUGAAAGAGAACACUUGCUGAUUCAUCGAAGGAUGCUUCAACUGGGCCCUAUUAUCGGUCAAGGUCACUUUGGCUGCGUCUACCUUGGCACUAUGAAGCUGGAAGGCAAAGGUCAAGUUCAACCAGUCGCCGUGAAAACGCUGCAUAACGGCUCUCGCGGUGGUGAGGUUGACAGCAUGGCGUUCCUGGAAGAAGCACUCAUCAUGAAAGACUUUCACCACGUGAAUGUGCUUCCACUCAUCGGGUUAAGCAUCGACGAGACCGACGGCCUCAUGGUCAUAAUACCCUACAUGAAGUACGGCGACCUGUUGUCCUACAUACGUGACGAGAGAAAUACACCAACAGUCAAACAACUCAUAACAUUUGGAGUCCACGUGGCCGAAGGUAUGAAGUACUUGGCUGAAACAAAGUUCGUGCACAGGGACCUCGCGGCUCGGAACUGCAUGCUGAGUGAAGAUUUUAUUGUUCGGGUCGCCGACUUUGGACUCUCUCGCGACGUUUACGAGAAGGACUACUACAGCGGUGAUAACAAGAAGACUAAGCUGCCUGUCAAGUGGAUGGCACCAGAGAGCUUGGAGAAAGGAAUAUACAAUCACAAGACUGAUGUGUGGUCGUACGGCGUACUCUUGUGGGAACUGAUAACCCGCGGAGUGACGCCGUAUCCUGAAGUGGACAACUGGGACAUCGUAGAUUUUCUCAAGCAAGGACGUCGGAUGAAACAACCAUGCUUCUGCCCUGACGAAAUGUAUGCCAUUAUGCUCAAGUGCUGGCACGAUGACCCCAAAAAGCGACCUUCGUUCGCGAAGCUCGUCACCGACAUUACCAAUAUUCUUGCAAGCCUCGAGAAGAAGCAGAGGAAUAAGCGACUCGGUUUGAACGUCACCUACAUCAACUGCCCGCGUCCCGAUCCCACCGGUGAGGCUGGGCCAUCUACAGAAUCUCACCCUGUAUAAGCCUCGUCACACGAGGUCGAGGACAUCUUCCGCAGUUUUCGCACGCUUGUGAUGCUCGAAUGCAUACCAAAAGGUCGCGGGAUCGAAUCUCGGCCGCGGAGGCUGCGUAUCAUUGGAGGAGCGCUAGAGGAUCGUGUGUUUAAGUUUCGGAGCGUGUUAAAAAACCCCAGGAGGUUGGAAUUUCCGGAGCCCUCCACUACGGCGUCCCUCACAAUCAUAUCGUAUUUUUGCGAGGCAAAACUCUUGACAGUUCUCAUUAUCACUAAAUGUAGGUUCUUUCCACCUCACAUCUGUGUGGGAGACACCGCUCAUCUUCAAAGCAAAAAGCUGUUGGCACACAUUAUCGAAUGAGUAUUCAAAAUAUUCAAAUGUUGAGAUCACACGUGGCACUAUACACACGUUUGCGGUCAGCAGAAUGCGAUAUUCAAUGGCACCUGCUGUCUGAACACUCCUUUCUGCGGCAAGAAACUAACCUCCCAGUUGAACAGUAAACGUUAACCUUAUUGUGAAGGUGACACGUGAAUUGGUGCCAACCUACGUGGCACGGCCAAAACAAUUCACACGUUAUAGCAUUAUCUACGCAUCACCAAAACUAAGCAUUGUUCUACUUCUCAGUGUUUGUGCGGAAGAAAACCAGUGAAGUGAUACUUUUAAGUUGAUGGUUCUUCUUAUGCUGUGCUACAUUUCUGAGUCGUUAACUUGUACCAUAUGUGGUUUCUAUUCGGGACAAGGUUGAAAUACUUGGUCUUGGCCCCGUGCGUACGAUUGCCGCUUCAUCUCUCAGGCACAGUAAUCCUAGCUUUCAGCAAAGUCUGAACCGUAAAAGCACUUACGGCUUAACAGUACUCAUGGAUUCAUUGAAACAAUCACUCAAUCUCUAUA